CUCGAGGUUCCCUUACAUCUUGCUACAUGAACGGAGGAGGGGCGUUCCUGGUGCCUUACCUGCUGAUGCUCGUCCUGGUGGCCCUCCCGCUGUUCCUGCUGGAGUCCGCCAUCGGCCAGUUCAGCUCCUCCAGCUGCAUCGGCAUCUUCUCGGCGUGUCCUGUCUUCAGAGGCGCCGGUAUAGCAGCGACCAUCGUGAACUUCCUCCAGACGGGGUACUACACUACCUUAGUCGCGUAUCCGCUGCUCUUCAUCUACCACUCCCUCAGGAGAGAGCUGCCCUGGACCUCCUGCGAUAACGAAUGGAACACGGAUCACUGCACGAGGACCAGAGCCGAUUUCGUGGAAAACAAAACAGAAAACGGAACACAAACAGUCGUGUCUUCUGCUGACGAAUUCUUUCACAACGAAGUCCUCAAGAUCAGCAGCGGCGUGGGCGAGGUGGGCGGGCUCGUGUGGCCUGUCGUGGGCGCCGUCCUCUUCACCUGGGUCAUCAUCUUCCUCGCCAACUUCAAGGGCGUGAGGGUGCUGGGGAAGGUGGUUUGGCUGACAGCAACAUUUCCUUAUGUAAUGCUGACGAUUCUCCUCAUACGUGGGGUGACUCUACCUGGAGCCUGGGAUGGCAUCUACUUCUACAUCUACCCGAAUUUCGACAAGCUGAAGCAGCCUAAAGUGUGGGCAGCGGCGGCCGUCCAGAUCUUCUUCUCGAUGACCCCUGGCUACGGCGUCCUCACCACCAUGAGUUCCCACAACAAGUUCCGGAGCAGCAGCAUGAGGACGGCCAAGAUCGUGCCCAUCGUGUGUGCCAUGACCUCGAUCUUCGUUGGCUUCGUGGUCUUCUCGGUACUCGGUUUCAUGGCCCACCGCCUGGGGACGACCGUGGACAAGGUCACUGCUGCGGGGUCUGGGUUGGCCUUCAUCAUCUACCCCGAGGCGCUGUCCCUGAUGCCCCUCGCCCCCCUGUGGUGUGUCCUGUUCUUCCUCAUGCUCUUCUUCGUGGGUAUCGAUUCCUGCUUCGGCGUCGUGGAGAGCCUGCUGACGGUCGUGACAUCCGAAUUCCCCCAAAUCCGGAGCUGGCGAGGGUGCGUCACGUUCGCCAUUUGCUCGGUCAUCUUCCUUGGCAACGGCGUCAUCUACUCGCAGGCGGGGAUAUACUGGCUGACCCUCGUCGACUGGUACGUGUCUUCCUUCACCGCCACACUCAACUGCCUCUGCGAACUGCUCGUCUUCUCGUUCAUAUACGGUGUCGGAAGAACAAUUCGCGACCUGCAGAUGAUGACGAACAAAACCGUCAGCUACUUUUGGUACGCGACCUGGUUGGUAAUUACCCCCGUCCUGACAGUGGCAUCUUCGUCAACAUGGUCCUGAACUACGGCCCCGCCAGCUACGACGGCAGGAGGCUCCCCGACUGGGCGCAGGGCGUCGGAUGGCUCACCGCCUGCGCCUCCAUCCUGGCCAUCCCCGGCUACUUCGUGUACUACCUCGCCGUGCACACCAAGGGCUCCGUC